UAGAGUUUCAGUUUCAUAGAGAAGAAAAAGAAAAACGAUGAAUGUCCCUGAUCGCUACGAGCGCUUCGUCGUUCCUGAGGGCGCCAAGAAGUUAAUUCUUGAAACCCUAAUUCUUUUCAUCAUCUCUUUAACUUCACGAUCGAUUUUGCUUUUCUUCUACAUACACUACAACCGUCUCUGUUAUGAUUUUCUUUUCUGGACGGAUGUCGAUUUUGUUGAACAUUGCAGGGUUUCAUACGAGAGAGACACGAAGAUCAUGAAUGCAGCCACAUUUAUAUUAGAGAGAGAGGAUCAUACUAUCGGAAACAUUCUCCGCAUGCAACUUCAUAGAGAUGAUAAUGUGCUGUUUGCUGGCUACCAGCUUCCUCAUCCUCUUAAGUACAGAAUACUUGUUCGGAUACAAACUGCUAGCCAGUCUUCACCGAUGCAGGCAUAUAAUCAGGCUAUCAAUGAUCUGGAUAAGGAGCUCGACGUUUUGAAAUACGAGCUUGAGGGUGAGAUUUCAAGGUUCUCGAGGGCCUAUUAGUUACCCAUCCAAGAAAACCAAGGGAAAGUUUGAGUUCAAUAACGUCGAGUUGGGAAUGGAAUGCCAAUGUUAAAAUUUACGGCCACUUUUUAGCCUGGUUCCUUACGGCGGUGGGAGUUGGUUGUGUAAAUGGAAAGUUCAAAUUUGCAUCUAAAAAAGAGAAACCAUUUUAGUUUAGUAUUGAUUUGAAAUAAAUAUUUUGAACUGUGUAUUCCA